UCUUCAUUUCUUUUCCACCUCUUUCCUCCCCUCCUCCAUCUCUCUUUCCCUCUAUCUCCCUCUUGCUCUUUCUUUCCCCAUCUCUGCCUCUUCUCUUUCCAUCUGUCUCCUGUCUCUGUUUCUUUUUCCUUGCUUCAAUCCCUUUAUCCCUUUUCCUCCUUUCUUCUCUCCUGAUGCCCAUUUCUCUGCCUCUCCCUUCUCCUCCUUGCAACCUUCUUCUCUCUUCACUCUCCCUCUCCCCCUCCCUCCAUCUCUCCAUCUCCUCCCCCCUUGUCAGCCCCCCCACAUGGAUAUUCAUUUGUGGUAUAUUCCGUUGCCAUUGGAAACCUAAGAAAGAAGUGAGUGUACCCUUCAAGACUCUAGCAUCUCCCUCCCCCCUCCUUUCUCCUCUCCCUAUCCCCCACCUCCCCCACCCCUUCCCUCACAGAAGGAGAAGACUUGGGUGAGGGAGCCGUCGCCUCUCUGUUGGAACAAGGCCGGGACACUGGCCAGAGACACUGCUGCCGCCUAGACGUGGAGGCCCAGAGCAGGGACGAGACCCUCCAUUCUUCCUUCCUUCCUUCCUUCCUCUCUCCCUCCUUCCCUCCCUCCUUCUGUCCCUUCUGGGCUGUCCUACUCACGCUGAAACCUGGGAUUCCUAUGCCCUGGGGGCCGAGGAGAGAGGCAGCCGGAGCUGAGGUCUGGCCAAGGACUUGGCGCAUCUUGGGAGGAGGAGGCAGCAGCACCAGCGACAGCUUCGGGGCAUUGGUAUUCUGAGGAUCUCCUUGGCCAGAUGUGAGCAGGUUCUGGGUGACAGAUGGAUCUCCAACUCCGUCCGUCUCUCACCAUGGCUCUGUCUAGCUGCCUGUCUGCAUCUUCUCUCCUUGCCUGUGCUCUGAAGCUCUGAGACGCCUGAACAAGGAAGAGGAAGAAGAGGACAGAGGCUCCUGACUGCCCAGGACCCUCUCUUCUUGGGCAGAGAUUGAGGAGAAGAGGGCAGAGCUGGGGGUACCGGCCGAGGGACUGAGGAAGAGACUCCUGAGAGCCCCGUCCACAGCCGGGUCUCCUUUCUGCUGGUAUCCUUGGGACUGGACGGCAGGCAAAGUGGACCAGAGCUCAAGAGCCCCAGCAGCACUGGGGGGGCAUCCCUCAAAAUGCUGGCGGCCCCGGCGAGAACUGGGAUGAUGGGCCAGGCUUUUGGCCGCUAGGCCUUCCCAGUCCCCUGCUCUCCCUGAGCCCUGCCUUGCCCGUGGCCUGCCUGGAUCCAGCCCUCCUGCCCGGCGGGCCUCCCCCUGCCAUGCUGCGCCUGGGUCUAUGGGCAGCAGCCCUGCUCUGCGCCUGCCAGCCAGACCUGGUGCAGGCCGACUGCUGGCUCAUAGAGGGUGACAAGGGCUACGUGUGGCUGGCCAUCUGCAGCCAGAACCAGCCUCCCUAUGAGACCAUCCCUCAGCACAUCAACAGCACGGUGCACGACCUCCGCCUCAAUGAGAACAAGCUCAAGGUGGUUCUCUACUCUUCCCUCAACCGCUUCGGCAACCUGACCGACCUCAACCUGACCAAGAACGAGAUCUCCUACAUUGAGGAUGGCGCCUUCCUGGGCCAGGCCAACCUCCAGGUGCUGCAGCUGGGCUACAACAAGCUGAGCAAUCUGACCGAGGGCAUGCUCCGGGGCAUGAGCCGCCUGCAAUUCCUCUUUGUCCAGCACAAUCUCAUUGAGGUGGUGACGCCCACCGCCUUCUCCGAGUGCCCGGCGCUCAUCAGCAUCGACCUGUCCUCCAAUCGCCUCAGCCGCCUGGAGAGCACCACCUUCGUGGGGCUGAGCAGCCUGAUGGUGUGCGAGCUGGCCGGCAACCCCUUCAACUGCGACUGCGGCCUCUAUGGCUUCCUCAACUGGCUCGUGGUCUUCAACAAUGUGACCAAGAACUAUGACCGGCUGCAGUGUGAAUCCCCCCGGGAGUUCGCCGGCUACCCGCUGCUGGUGCCGCGGCCCCAUCACAGCCGCAACGCCAUCACCGUCUUCCAAUCUAUGUGCCGCGAUGGCACCUUGCCGUCCAGACCCGUCAGCCAUCCCACUCCGUAUACCACGGACUCCCAGAAGGACCUGGAUGAGAACUCUGGCUUCAACCCUGUGGAUUUCCUCUCCGUGGAGCCCCCAGCCUCUUCCACCACAGAUUCCUCCAUCAGCCCCACCAUCAAACUCCACUAUGUGACUUUCACUUCGGCCACCCUGGUGGUGACCAUCCCCUCCCCUUUCAGCAAGCUCUAUGUUCUGGUCCAAUAUAACAAUAGUUAUGUUUCUGACGUCAUGACCUUAAAGAACAAAAAGGAGAUCGUCACCCUCAAUAAGCUCAAAGUCCACACUGACUACACGUUCUGUGUGGCCUCCAUCCGCAACUCCCGACGUUUCAACCACACCUGCCUGACCUUUGCCACACGGGAGCCCAUCCAGGGGGACAUGGCCCCCAGCACAUCCACAACCACACACUAUAUCAUGACCAUCCUUGGCUGCCUCUUUGGCAUGGUGAUAGUCCUGGGGGCUGUCUACUAUUGCCUGCGUAAGCGGCGCAUGCAGGAGGAAAAACAGAAGUCGAUCAGUGUGAAGAAGACCAUCCUGGAGAUGCGCUACGGCUCAGAUGUGGACACCAGCUCCAUUGUCCAUUCUGCCCAAAAGCUGGGGGAGCCACCAGUCCUUCCUGUCUCCCGCAUGUCCUCCAUCCCCUCCAUGAUUGGGGAGAAGCUACCACAACCCAAGGGGCUGGAGACUGGGAUAGAUACACCCAAGGUGGCCACCAAGGGAAACUACAUGGAGGUGCGGACAGGGGGUGGUGGUGGCGGCGGGGAUGGCCUGACCCGGGGUGAGGAUGACCUGCCAGACUUGGAUAAUGGCCAGGGUUCAGCAGCAGAGAUCUCUACCAUUGCCAAGGAGGUUGAUAAAGUCAACCAAAUUAUUAAUAAUUGCAUUGAUGCCCUCAAGCUAGACACAGCCUCCUUCCUGGGAGGUAGUGGAGCAGACCCAGAGUUGGCUUUUGAGUGCCAGUCCAUCCCAACCAGCUCCACAGGUGGGCUGGAGCGUCCCAGCUUCCUCUCACCUCCCUACAAAGAAAGCUCUCACCACCCCCUGCAGCGCCAGCUGAGUGCUGAUGCUGCUGUGGCCCGGAAGACCUGCAGUGUCUCAUCUAGUGGGUCCAUCAAGAGUGCCAAGGUCUUCAGCCUGGAUGUCCCUGAUCACCCACCACCCCCAGGGCUGGGCAAGGGUGACUCAAAGUACAUCGAGAAGGGCAGUCCACUCAACAGCCCUCUGGACCGUCUUCCUUUGGUGUCUCCGGGUGCCAUCCAUCACCUGGAGGUGAAGCCUUCCUACCAUUGCAGUGAGCACCGACACUCUUUCCCAGCCUUGUACUACGAGGAGAGCGCAGAUACCUUGAGCCAGAGGGUGUCCUUCCUCAAGCCCCUCUCCCGCUCCAAGCGGGACUCCACAUACUCUCAGCUUUCCCCCAGACACUACUUCUCAGGCUACUCCUCCAGCCCUGAGUAUUCGUCUGAGAGCACCCACAAGAUCUGGGAGCGCUUCCGGCCCUACAAGAAGCAUCACCGGGAGGAAGUGUACAUGGCAGCUGGCCAUGCCCUGCGCAAGAAGGUCCAGUUCGCUAAGGAUGAGGACCUGCACGACAUCCUGGAUUACUGGAAGGGGGUCUCAGCUCAGCAGAAGCUGUGACCCUCUCCUCCCUCCCCGCCCCCGGUGAGGUGGGGGUGGAGAGAGGGACCAGACUGGGGAAGGGGCAGGCUGGGGAGGGAGACCGAGACUGGGGGGGCCCGGGAGGCCUGGGGGGGGAUGGGGUAGGAGGAGGCCAAGGAAUGGACACACACACACACCCGCACGCACGCACCCAAUGCACACACCUGACCACCACCUGACUGUGAAAAAAAACAAAACAAAAACAAAACCUGACGUAAAUGGACAGACAAACACAAUUUUUAAAGUUUACAAACGGAUACCGUAACCAGUUCUCUACUGUGCUGCCCAGGGGGGCGGGGGGACCCAUUCCUCCUAGAAGUUUCUGCCAAGAUUGGAGAGGUUCAAGGCUGGGGAGGGAGAGGUUGAAGGAAGAAGGGAAAUUCAGAGAGGCUGCCCCAUUUAGACUGGGGCUUGGGAGAACUCCAAAGGGGAGGCUGAGAAAUGAGAGGAUCGGGGCCAUACAUGGGAAUGCUAAGCUAUUGAGUCUUCUUUGGUCCUUGACUUUGGAGACUAAAGGUUGGGAAUCCAGGGAUAGGGUACCACUAUGGUCUCAGGAGGAGGGGAGGCUAAUUCCCUCCUCUCAACCUCCACCUCCCUCCUCUAAAAGAUCUUGGGGAUAUAAGGACUUAGAUUUGGAGUAGCUUCUCCUUGAUCUCUCCAUCCGAUAGGAUCUCUCUGGUCCAAGUCCUCUUCCCCAAAGCCCUGUUGCUUUGGUUCAUUUGGUUUCUGGGAGACUUUCCUGAAAGGGAGUUCCCUGAUAUCAUCCUCUCCAAUCACCAAUUUCAGGGCUAGUAUCCAAGGAGGGUAUGAUGACCCUGGUAGUUAGGGGUCUUCUCUUUCCCCAUCCUCCUGAGUUCUGUUCAUUUCAGUGAAGCCAGCAGGGAUGGCUUUCACUUCUUGGGAGCAUGUGGGAAUAGGGAGUGAUGAAUCUGUCAGAAAAUUCUAAGUGUCUUCCAGGUAAUGAGCAGGGAAUGGGGGUGGGGUAGGGUGGGGAGAGAAUGAUCCUGGAACUGAAAGAAUAGGAGAUUACAGACAGCAGGGUGGUGGGAGUGGAUGAGGGGCUCCCAGUGUAUCUCAGGUGCAUCAGCCCUCCCCCCCCAGGUUUUGGGAGAUGGGGGUGACCCUUCCUUCCUCCACCCCACUGUGCCAGCCUCCUGAAAGCUUCUGUGCCUCUCCCUAGCCUGGCUUCCUGCCAUUACCCCCACCCUGAGAGAAGAUGCUAUAGAGAUGUGUGUAUGUAUGUGUGUAUGAGUGAAUGACUGGCUGACUGCUGGAGAACCACAAGGAUGGUGAGCUAUGUGGAUGUCCCACCCUCUUUGUCACCCCCCCCUCCAAUAUGUCCUUAGACGCUAUCCUGCCUCCCCCACCUCUUCCAUUCUUCAAUAAGGAUAUGGGGUGCCAAGGAACUGGGACAGAAGGAAGCAAAUCAAAGACCCAGUAUUUGAUCCUGGCCUCUGAAUGGAAAAGAGGUUUUUAUUUUUUCCUCUGUAUCUACUCAUCUUCCUUAACCCAAGCAAGCUACAUUCAUUGCUUCUACCCUGUAGGGAUGGGGGUGGGGUGGGGUUAGGUUUCCACGAGAACUACAAGUCUCUCCCCCCCCCCUUUUUUCCUUUUCCCCUCCAAAGGACACCCAGACAAAGCACAAACAGCUCCCAGGGUGUGCUUGGGGGAAACAAACAGUUUCUGUGACUAGCCCCCAUCUCCUGGACUUUAUCCCCAUUCUCUGGCCAGCUGUGGUCACCAUGACAACCCCCUUUCAGGCAGCCAGCAGAGGAGAGACCAAUGGGCCCUGGGGAGUAGGUUGGAGGAGGUAGUUAGGGAACUACUUUUUGGGAGUAACAAGAGAAGGAAGAGUGGGGGCAGGUGGGAGAGAGAAGUUAGGAUGGGGGAGUAGUGCCAGGAAGAAAGGAAAAGCAAGGAGGGUCUCUGGUGGGCUUCCUGGGAGAUUCUGGCCAAGUUCUUGACUUAGCCCUUAGUUUUUAGGACCUCAGUUGAAUUUGGAGUCACCUGGCUUCUUCCUACCUGUUCCUUGUCUCUUAGGUGUGUUUGGGACAGGGGAGGGGUUGUAAGACUGGAGACUUAGACUGUAUGGACUUCAACUCUUCCCAUCCUGUCUCAGGACAAGAGAUAGAGAGAUUAGACCCCUCCUUUGCCCAGCCUUGGCCCAAGGCCAUUAUGGUCUCCCUGGGCAUCUUAAGCUACUUUCAGCUCUGAGUGUGUGAUCCUAAGAUCUUUCAGUCUUACAACCUGGAUCCUUUAGGGUUGGAUGGGACCUGGGGAAGUUGAGGGCAUUAGGGCCUAUGGAUUGUUAAUGUCCCAGAAACCAAGGGUCUGAGAAGGUGCUAGGCCUUAGAAAGCAGUCCCUUUCUAAGGUGAACCCUUGGGGUUCACCUGCUCUCCUUGUUGGGGGGGGGCUCAUACUAGGAUGGAGAGGGCACAAGAAGUCACUGUCUCCCCCUUAUCCCCCAAUCCUUGAGGACUUUUUGGGGGGAGGGUGACUUGCACAGAAAGGACUUUCAGAGUGGGAGAUGGGAAGAGAAAAGGGAAUAGAUGGGGAAGGGUAAAGAGGGAGCAACUGGCCUGCCCUCUCUCUUCCCCUCCCCAACCUCCUUCCUCUCAUCUUUCCAUUCCCUCCCUGGGCCUGGUUUGAGAACCUGAGAAAACCGAGUCGGGGAGAAGCCACUGAUGUCAGAAACAGAAUUCCUGUUCUAUUUGUGCAUGACGCUCUUUACUGUAUUUUUCUGAGCAAACAUCUGUUGUGAAUGUGCCCGUUUGUCGAGAUUCCCCCCUGCUUCCUCUUCUCUCCUCUCCCUGCCUGUCCCCUACCUCCCUCCUCAGAUGCCCUCCAUUGUGAACUGAUGAGCGACUUUUAAAACCUGGGAAGGAACUAUCUCUGCAGAGGACCUAAACCUGGUGCUGCCACUAGGCCAGCCCUCCCUUUCCCCCUUUCCCCACCUCAGCAAUGGCAGCAGUGGUAGUGAGUCCCUCAGCCCACAAGUGGUCCUGUUGUCCCUUCUAUCCUCUUCACCUCUCAGUUCCCAGUUUGUGUUGGAGCUGUCCAGGCAGAGGUGCUGAAGGGGCUGUGCCAUGUGGGGCUUCCUAGGAGGGACUCCUACACUGGCACCAUUCCUGGGGUGAUUACAGCUUGUUUCAAGGAAUGGAGAGGUUUUGAUUCAGUUCAAGUCCAUUCAACAAGCAUUUAUUAAGCACCUACACUGUGCCAGGCACUGUGCUAAGAUUCCAGGGAUUUAGCACCAAAAGAGACCCUUAGAGAACAUCUGGGCUAACAUUAGUUUAAAUAGAAGAUAAACUGAGGCCCAGAGAAAAAAAGGGACUUAUUCUGGAGUCACAAAUAGAAGAAACAUGGGAUUCAAACCCAGGUCUUCUGGGUCUUCUAAAUCUAAACUAUUAUCAGGGGUUCACUAUGGAAGCACCUGUUGAAUGAAGCUUUGUGGGGGAAGGAGGAAGGCAGUCUUCCCCUUGUGGUUGGCACCUUCCACUGUCACCCUGGUAAAUAUAUUCUUUUGGCAAAUGGAAUGCCUGAGACCAGGAGUUUUCCCUGUUGAAGAGAGUCUCCCAGGAGCUGACUAUUUCUAGAACAAGAGCACGUGGGAAUGGUUGAUUUGGAGUCAAAAGACACAAGUUUAAAUUUUGCCUCUGCUACUUGGCUUCCAGGGACAGAUCCUUCCCUCUUUAGCCUGUUUGUCCAGGCAAAGGGCAACAAUGUAAGAAGUUCCACAUUUGGAAUUAGGGGAUCUGAGUUUAAAUCCUGGCCCUGCCAUUUAGUACCUUUAUGACCUUAGGGAAGUUGCUUGGCAUCUCUGGCCCUCUUUAAAAUGAGGGGAUUGGACUAGCUGGCCUUGAGAGGUCCCUUCUGGCUCUGUCUAUGAGUGUAACAGUCAUAAAAUGAAGGGUUGUACUUGACUUCUCUGGUCCAUUUCAGUUCAACAUUCCCUACUCCUAAGACCAGCUUCAGCACUGAGAUGGUAGAUGGGAAGAGCAAGAGCUCAUUCUCCAAGUCCCCAGGAUGAGCUCUAGGUCUCUGCCCCUCUUGGCACCAACACUUCCCUGGGUUCCCAGGGAGCAUGGGUGGGGUGGGGCCCAGAUUAUGGGAGCUGCACUGCAGUCCCUUUCUACCUCCAUCAGUGCCAGUCUUGGUCGGUCCUGGAUAAUUCCUCCUGAGGCAGGGAGUGAAAUAUUCAUGAAUGACAAAUGGAAAUUUAUGUCAAGGAAUCUUGGCUGGGCCCCACCAGUCCUUGUGUUUGCAAUGCUAAUCAGCUCCGGAGCCUUCUUCCCAGCUGGAACUCCAGCCCAGGCCAGUGCAAGAGGAGGAAGCUUAUAAACCUGGGAGAGAAUCCUGGAUCUGGAUUUGGAUCUGGAUUCACAGCUGGAAAUCAACUAGUCCAAACCUCCCAUUUUAGAGGUGGGAAAAACCUAAGGCUUAAGUGAUUUAACCAAGGUCACAGGGCUGAGAUUUAUACCCAGAUCCUCAGACUCCUAAAUUCAGGGCUCUUUCCUUGGACUAAAUUAUAUGUAGGGCUCAUUCUGGCCCUAUAUCUGUAGUUUUAGAAAAUGAUUUCCAGCCUCUGGGAAAAGGAAAGGGAAAGGGAAAGAGAAGGUUAGUUUGGAAUUAUGGAGAGAAGAGGUAAAAGGAUAAGGAGGCUAUGGGGGUCAGAGUCUGCCCUUUGUUAAAAGGAACUCAUUCCCUUGACUUUUUCAAUCAGGUAUGUUUGGAGAGGGACCUGAUGAGUUCAGUCUCUGGGUGUCUAGAGCUCAGAGAGGUGGAGACCAAGGGGCUUCUGGAGACAUAACCAGUACAGGUGUGAGGAUAAAUAGGGAAAUACCAUGGUGCAGUGGGAAAACUCCUGACUCCAGAUUCUGAAGACCUCCGAUGAUUACCGCCUGGGAGAUUAUUGGCACAUCUUUUAAUGUCCCUGGAUGCAGGACGUUUCAAAAAGGAGAUUUGGACAACAUGGCCUCUGAAGUCUCUCACUUCUAGAUAUAAGAUUCUUUAGCCUUCCUGGGAGAGGCCAAGAAUGGAAGCAGUAUGGAUCAAGCUACAGAGUGUUUGAUCUGGAGUCAGAGGUCCUGGGUUGGAAUUCUGGCUCUGCUUAUUACCUGUGUGACCUUGGCAAGUCAUUUUCCCUCUUUCUGUAAGAUCCUUUCAAGUUCUAAAUUCUCUGAUACCCCAUUGAUUUUCUCCUGCCUGGGGAGGGUCUUGUCUUUGCUUAGAGAUGUCCUGUGAAAGACACUCCCUGUUCCCCUGCCCCUCUGUCUAUUCUCCUCACUAUUCAACUUCCUUUCUGGGCCUUCGUCUUCCCAUCAGUAAAAGGAGAGGGCUAGAUCAUCUCUGAAGCCCCUUUCUAGUUCUAAUUGCCCAUAAGCCUCCUCACUACCAGCUCUCCCGGUGCCUUAUCUAGGCUGCCAUGGGUGGGGCUCAAUAAGAUGAGGGAGCCCCUCUCUCAUGUGGAGAGGUGGAGUGAUGAGGCUUUGUGGUGAAGGUUUGGGGUCCAUUUCUUUUGGACAAAUGUGCAUUGCUUUGGGCUUAGGAGGGGUCUUAUCUUAUUUGAGGGUAGGGUGAGCUUUCUUGGGACCUCUAUGGGACCCAGCUGCAUUCUUUAUCCCAGGUUUGGAGUUUCCUCUAGCACAUCUCUUGGAGGAGGUAGCUUUUCUGGAGAGGGCAAAAGGAAACCUGAGGCCCGAGGAAAAUCAUUUUCCCAAACUCCAGAUAUUUAGGGAUAGAAGUGGGCUUAGAAUCAGCCAGUCUAAUGCUCUCACUUUUAGAGCUGAAGAGUCUGGGGCCUGGGAGAGAAGGGAUUCUGCCCUCCCUAAACUCUCAGGUCAAGCUUCCCACUCUAGCUCUGACUCCUCCUCUUCCUUAGCUAUCUCCCUUCCUGAAGCCAUCAACCAAGACUCCUUCCCAGUGUUUCUUGCCUUGGCUCCCAUUUUCCAACUCUGCCCCCUUUUCUCAGCACCUAGACAAGGCUUCCACUUUCUUUCCUGAUUUAGGAGAGGAUGAUUUCUACACCACCAACCCUCUCCCACCCCCUAAAUAUCCAGACAGAAAGCUGCACAUCCCACUCUCAUUUAGCCCUCGAUCAUGUCUUUUCCCCAAGCUCCAAUCUUCAGCCCAGGUUCUCAGCCUGAUCCCUGGUGGGAGGAAUGGAGAAGGGAAGCAAUUGGGUAGAAAGGGAUGAGGGCUGUCCUCCUCUUCCCUCACCUCUCCCCCCAACAAACACAGGGUUGGGGCAGAGGAGAGGAGUCAUAAUGUAAGGCCAGGGUAGUCCUGCCCACUUCCAUCCCCAGAAUGUAGAUACCUAGGGGGUGAGGGCCAGGGAGGCAGUGGCCUGGAUGGAUGCCUCAGUUUGGGUCCUCUGGGGUUGGUGGGCCCCCUCCUCAGUGAUGAUCCUGUGACUCUUGGUCCUGUUAUGGACCUUCCCUCUCCUUUGGGGGGGGAGGGACUUGUUCUUGUUUUCUUUCUUCUGGGUUUGUCCAUUUGUUGAUUUGUUUUCUCUCACCCCCCCUUUUUUUUCCUUUUCCUAUUUUAAACUGAAUGGCACGAAAUAGUUUUCCUCAAAUCCAAGAUUCCUGUAUGGAGAAAAUCAAUUUCUAUAUUUGCAAUAAAUUUCUUAUUUAAAAACAAA